CAAAGUUAGUGGGGUGGCCCGCUCGCUUGUAUGGCCCGCUCGCUUGUAAAACAUGUUAACAGGCUGGACAAACAACAAUCUAGCGCUUGCCUGGCUUGAUUACUUUAAUACGCAUGCGAGGCCUGUAGGAGCGUAUAGGCUGCUAAUUAUUAACGGCCACAAGAGCUAUUGCUUAAUAGAUUUCUAGGAUUGCUGCAAGGAGAAGAAGAUUAUUGCCCUCUGUAUGCUUCCACACUUGUUGCACCUCCUGCAGCCGCUUAACGUUGCCUGUUUCUCGCCAUUAAAGCGCGCGUAUAAGUGUGGUGUUUUGGGCCAUAAUAGGGUGAGGUUUAGUAGGAUUAAGAAGGAGGCUUUCCUACCAGCCUUUAAAGCAGCUUUUAAGAGGUUAAUUACAAAGGAGAACAUCUGUACAGGCCUUAGGGGCGCUAGACUAGUUCUACACAACCUAGAGGUGGUGAUAUUAAAGCUUGAUGUGGUCCUUUGUACG